AUUUUGGAACAAAGCGCCGCGCAAUUCCAGACAGACAAACAGUUUGCUGCCCCCUUGGUGCAGGCUGUUUCUUCCUCAAAGGUGCGCUUGCUGCUGAGCUGUAGCGGCCAGAAAAGCGGAGGAACAGCAAAUGGAGUGAGGCCUUACAUGCCUUUGGGCGACCUGCGCACCCAACUGCUAUAUCCAUCAGAAGGCACCUUGGGACACUUGCCAGAUGAAGAGCUUCGGGAGAUACUUUCUCGCUUUGGCCUUGGAGAGCUUCCCGAUCGCUUCGAAGGCGGUUUCGAGGCGGUGCAGGAUUGGUCGCGGGUACUCUCCCUUGGCGAGCAGCAAAGAUUGGCAGCUGCGCGGUGUCUCACCACGCGUCCGCGCCUGGUGGUGCUAGACGAGGCCACCAGUGCGCUGCCGCUGCCUGCAGAGCGCUUGGUUUACGAGCAGUUUGCAGCUGACGAGCGCAUCGAAGGUUAUGUUUCUGUUGGACAUCGUGUCAGCUUGAGUCAGUACCAUGACGU